AAAUCUAUUAUGAUUAUCUAACCUCAAAUUUCAAUAGUAAAGAAUGUUUUUAAAUAAAGGAAGAAAUAUAUUAUUGCUAUCCAAAACUAUAUUAAAAAGUAAUAAUCGCUUAUGUAGUUAUGAGAAGGGUAUUAUUCUUGGAAUAGAAACAUCCUGUGAUGAUACCGGUUGCGCAAUUGUUGACACAGACGGUAAUAUUCUAGGAGAAGCACUCAACUCUCAACAUUUAAUUCAUUUAAAUAAUGGAGGAAUAAUUCCUCCUAUUGCACAAGAUUUGCAUAGAAAUAAUAUAGAAAAUGUAGUCAAUGAAGCAAUUAAAGCUGCUAAUGUAUCAAUUGAAGAUGUAAAUGCCAUAGCCACAACUGUAAAGCCUGGUAUGCCUCUGUCCCUUACGAUUGGUAUGAAGUACGGAAAACACUUAUGCAGAUUACAUAAUAAACCUUUUAUGCCGAUUCAUCACAUGGAAGCGCACGCCCUUACAGCAAGAAUGCAUGAUAAAAAUAUCCAAUUUCCAUUUUUAGUAUUACUAAUCAGCGGCGGACAUUGUUUAAUUGCCGUUGCACAAUCGACUGAUAAAUUUUUACUACUAGGACAGAGUAUGGAUGACGCUCCUGGCGAAGCAUUUGAUAAGGUGGCUAGAAGAAUGAAAUUGAAAAAUUUACCGGAAUAUUCAACGUUAUCUGGAGGUCAAGCUGUCGAAUUGGCAGCUUCCAAAGCUGACAACCCUUUAGCUUACAAAUUCACAAUACCACUUUUGAUGUAUAAAAAUUGCAAUUUCAGUUUCUCUGGAAUAAAGAAUCAGUUACAAUACCAACUUCAGAAAGAAGAAAAACAAAAAGAUGUUCCAGCAGAUGGGGUAAUCCCAGGUGUUUACAAUAUAUGUGCUGGCUUCCAAUUGGUCGUAACAAGACAUAUUUGUCAUAGAGUACAAAGAGCUAUGGAAUAUGUAUUUAGAAAAAAAUUGAUACCACCGGAUAAACAGACUUUGGUGGUUUCCGGAGGUGCUGCUUGUAAUAAUUUCAUUACUAAAGGUCUCAAUAUAGUUUGUAGCGAAUUAGGUUAUAAAAUCGUGAGACCACCGCCAAAACUUUGUACUGAUAAUGGUGUAAUGAUCGCUUGGAAUGGCGUUGAAAGAUGGAAGGAAAAAAUAGGCAUAUAUACAGAUUUUGAACAUAUCGAUAUUGAGAAAGACGCGAUUAUCGGUGAAAGUUUAAUAGAAGACGUAGAAAACGAACAAAUUAGUUGUAAGUGGAUAAAAUUAACAAAACUGAAUUAUCCACAAAGCAAAUGGGACGAUGUUUAGUGAAAAUAACUUUAUUUAUUUAUUAUUAUAUAAUUUAUAAUUUUUUCAUUUAAAACUUAAAUAAGGACUGGAGCUUUUUCUUUAAAAUCGUUUUCCACACCAUCAGUUUCGUGACUUGAUUUAUUUUCGUUUAGUUCAGCUAUCACAUCUAACAUCUUUCGUACUCUAUGUUUCACAUAAUUAACAUCAUCUGGAUUUUCUUUAGCUGAAACUGGAAUCACGUCAAAAAAUUUCAUGGAGUUUAGAGGUCUUAUAUCGUCUGGAUAAUUAGCAAAAACACCUAAAAAAAAAUAAAUAUCUUUAUUUUCGUCAACUUGAAAGUGGAAAUCAAUGUUUAUAUUUGAACUAGAAACUAAAGAAAAUGAUAGGCAUAAUCCUGGAAAUGAAAGAAAAUUGAUAAUAUAGAAAAAGGAAGUGGAAAGGAUGGCAUAAUCCUGGAAAUUAUUCCAGAUUUUUCUACAACUCUUAUGUCACUUUUAACAUCAACUAAGCCGUGUAGCAUUAGUUCAUUGAACUAACUACAAGUAGCAUAAUCCUGGAAAUGAAAUACAAUGAUUCAUACCAGAACAGGUAGUGGAAAGGAUGGCAUAAACCUCGAAAUGGAAAAAUGACCAAGAUAUAAAUAACUAAUAAACCGAACAUUAUUGAGGUACGACAAUGCAGUUAAUUCUUAUUACCAUGAAAAAGUGUGACUAUUAAAUAAUCAAAAAUUUUAUUUGAAUUCAUACAUUAACAUAUCUAUUCCUACAAAUUUCCAUGUCACCCUUUCUAUUUUUCAUCAUAAUCCUGGAAGUGUUUUCAGCAUGAACUCAUAUGUCCAAUAUAGUAUUUAUAUAUUAACAACAAAGUAAAAAAAUGUGAAUUAAUUGCCUUUGAAAUGAUGCAUAUGGCUAGCAAAGUAUUUACGUUGAAUUUAUGACUGAAAACAUAUCUGUGGCUUCUUUGGAAACACCUUUAAUCUGCUGUCGCGGCUUUUUCCGUUUUAGGACGUGAAAACAUGUAACAAAGAAAUUAUUUAUAUGUACAUACUUUCUAAAUUUUUCAACUGUUCCUUUAUUUCCUGGAAUUUACUAAGGGCACCAUCAGUAUCCAUUUUAUUUAUUAGCAUCAUUGCUGGUUUCGACAAUAAAGUGUCGUUAUACAUUUCCAGUUCCUAAAUUGAAAAAAAAAAUCAAACUAAUCGAAAUACACUUUAUUUUAUGUACAUUCAUUCUAUUUACAUGUUUGUUUCAUUCAAUGGAAAAUAAUUUUGUAAUAAAAAUUUUUGCCUUUACGAGGGUAGCCCCAUACGUCUGUCACUUUGUUAAUCAAACAGGUUUUCUCACAAAUAAUUUUUUUAUGAGAUGUUAUUUUGUCAUUGUAACAUGCCAUUCAGCUUUUCUUCAAACAUUUUGAAUAUCUUUUUGUUCACGUAUAAUAGCACAGUGGUUUGGAAAUACGUAAUAGUUACUAGGGACUAAAUCCGAAGAAUAGGAUGACACUAAUUCGUAGUCUAAUUCAUGGAUGUUUGUCAUAAAAACUGUACAUGUGUGUACUAGAGUGGCCUAAAGAAAAAUUCAUACUCUCGAUAGUGACAAGUACCAUCUAAAUUCUGAUAGAAAGUCUCAAAAUUUUUUUAUUUGUCUAAAAACGAAUAAGGUUUGGGUCAUGAAAAGUUUAUUUUUUCAUGUUUGGAAACAAGUAAUAGUCACUCGUGGCUAAAUGGGGAGAAUAGAAUGACAGAGUAAUUUGUAAUCGAAUUCAUGGAUGUUUGCCACAAAAACUGUACAUGUCUGUACUAGAGUGGCCCAAAGAAAAAUUCUUAAUUUCUAUAUUGACAUGUGUCAAAAUUCUGAUAGGGAGAAUACAAAAAAUCUUUUUUGUUAUUUUAUCAUCAUCCUAAAAUGUUACAACUUUUUUCAUUGUUUCUAUUUCUAGCACUAUAUUAUGGAACUCUAAGAAAAGUAGAUGUUCUCAAAAUUAAACAGGAUCUCCCAAGACAGGGUCAGAGGUUACCAUUUGUUCCCAAAAACCCUGGUUUCUCUGAUGCUGGUGCCACCUAAACAUUACUUUAUCCAUUUUCAAGCAUUAGUUUUCAUAAAAUACACUGUCACUUCGGAAUAAAGUUGAGUUAAGGGCACUUUUUGGUAUCGACGCACCUAAGAAUAACCCAAAAAAAUAACUAACUUAGUCUGUCUGGAAGUAUAAAAAAAUUAGUUUUCAAAAUUUAAACAGAAUCCUCAUGGCAAAAUAACUAACUUAGCCUAAAAAAGUUGUGACGAUUAUUGAACCAGAAGAUCGUUAAAAACUAAUAAGGUUAAUUGGAAGCCACGAUAAAUCAAAAACGUGUAAUUAGAGUCAAUUAACAGACACCUUCCUUUAGAAACGCGGCGUUAAAAUAUAAUAAACCUUAUAAUUAUAACAUUCUAUAAAAUAAUGUCACGGUUCUUAAUAUUUUGUAUAAAUAUCUUAAUCAAUAAAAUAUAUAAACAGAUA